ACGAGCCGGCCGGAUUGCUCUCCAAGCCAAACACGGCCCAGAGAGGCGAGAGCCCCCACACCGCCAAACCCGACCCGGAAAUCAACUGCACACGCUCCGAUCCCCUCUCUCCAGAUCGAUUCGGACCCCAUGGGUUGGCGUUGGCACGACGACGGCGAUGACGGCGGCCGCGGCCUGGGCGACAUCCCCGACCUCGCCGGCGGCGGCGGAGGCGGAGAUGGGGAGCGCUGCGCCACGCGCCGGGUGGUGCAGUCUCGGUGCCACACGGAGGAGGUGGAGCCCGGCCGCUUCGUCCGCAAGUGCGAGAAGACCGAGCAGCUCCUCCGCGACUGCGUCGGCAGGCCCUCUGAACUGGUGGAAUCAAAAACUGAAAAUACUGAAGAAGACGUCACAGAUGAAAUGAAAAGCGGGUCACUAUCUCUUGGUUUUCCGACCAAUGAGCCCUUUGCAUUUCCUGGACUUCGCAGUGACAUAGAAGCUCUUGAGAAAGGCCUUUUCGGGAGCAUUGGUAGCUUUCUGGAUGAUGCUGAGAGGAUGACCAAUGAUUUCUUGAAGUCUUUUGGUGUCCCUUCCAUCAAUGAAAGGGAGUCGAGCUCAUUUGAUGGACAACCUACAGGCAGGCACAUUGGUGGACAACCUGCAGGCAGGCACAUUGAGGAAGGUACUGCAAAGGACACUAAACAGAACGACUACGCAGAAUUCAGCAGCAAGAUUACAGAUGUGUAAGGAUCUACAGUUAGCUGACGCACCUUUGGGAGCAGCUUGCCAAUUUUGUAUUUUGAACAUCUCCAUGGUUGUAAUUGGAAGGGGAAGGAUCAGUUUGACUGUUUUAUAAGCAGAGUCGUCUGAAGUCUGAAGUGUUGCGCUUAUAAGAACAAUUGUGUAUAUUACUGUUUUAGAUAAGCCUGUUUGUGUUCCUCAACAAUGAGAUCAAUUAUGGAUGGUUUUUUUCUCUGCUUAA